AUUUAUAUAAAGAUGUGAAAAAAAUAUUUUGAAAUCAACGAAUGUUCUAAAAGAUGUUUAACGAAAACUUUGAAAUCUUUUAUACAUGUGCGUUCUAAAAAGGAGAAAACUGCUGUUAGCCAUUUUGAUUUCUGCAAUUGUGUCAAGUAUUUGCUUCUUAACAGCUGCACUAAUUUUUAAUUCACACAAAAAUGAAACUCAUUGCAACAACAAAAUGUUUUAUCAAAAAAAUGAAAUUUGGAACCACUCUGACACUCUGCAACUUCAAGUUUUGAGAAAAAGAGAACUAUUUAAUUACUGUAAAAAGAAUUCUCGCAAACGGAACCGCACAACAAAUUAUAUUGUUUAUUCUGAUUAUGAAAAUCUGCUUUACUGCUGUGCACCAUAUGUUGCAAGCAACAAAUGGAUGAAAAGUUUGAAUGUACAUGACGGUAUAUUUUCUUUUAAGAACACACCAGAAGUUAUCAAUUAUGAUAUAUUCAAUCUUGAAUACAAAUCAUUGUUUAGUCUUAUUAGCAAAGAGGAGAGAUCAGUUCGUGAAAAAGCUUAUUUUACCUUUCUUAUAACUCGACACCCUUUUGAAAGGUUGAUUUUUAUCUACAAAAAUGAAUUUGAAAACCAGCAUUCUCCUCGAUUUCGAAAAACGUUUGGGUCGUAUAUAUUAAGAAAAUAUAGAAAAGAUCUUAGUAACGAACAAUAUGAUGCAGGUGCUGGCGUAACGUUUUUAGAGUUUGUCAAGUUUGUUUUAAGCAAAAAGUUCAUUGAUGAAAGUUGGCAAAAAAUUACAGAUUUAUGUUUGCCUUGCAACUAUAAAUAUGAUUAUGUAGCCAAAGUAGAAACCUUAAAAAAUGAUUUAAAAAUGAUCUCUGAUAGCACUGGAUUGCUAAACUUCUUGAACCAGACGGACCAGACGGACCAGAGUGAUAAAAUGUCUUUAGUAGAAUACUAUUUCAAAACUUUACCUAAAACAAAGAUUUAUGAACUAUAUAUGUUAUACCUUGAUGAUUUUUUAGCAUUUGGCUAUCCCUCUCCUUAUUAUAGCAAAAAAGUUUAAUGUGACCGAUUCAAUGAAUAUAAAAAAAAUUUUAACGGUUUUUAUAUUUUAGACCCUAAAUAUGUAUAGCCUAUAUGCAAACCUAAAGAAUAUGCAGACCUUAGUAAAGCGAUUGUUGAGUUUAUAUAAACGGGCGCAAGUUUUUAGUGAAGUUUGUUUUUUAGUGAUAUUUUUUAUAAAUAAUUAUAAUGUAUACAAUUAUAAUGUCUAUACCAGAAGAUAAUUUAUUCGGAUCCAUGGAUAAAAAAA